CGCAAAAUGGAGGCAUGGGCCUUCAGAGAAGCUCAAAAUUGUCAUUAUUAAUUUGCUAACGUCUUAGUAACAAUGGCUAGUUCAGUUAAGUUAGAGGAUUGGAACGAUAGGCAGAAAAUAGCAGAUGAUAUAGAACGUCUAAAGUUAGCUCUUCAAGACGGACAGGACUCAGAAUAUGAUUCCGAAGACGAAGAUGGUUUCGUCAUGGAUGAUAAUCCAGAUGAUGAAGCAGAAGGAGGAGAUGCCUUUCUCACUAGUCCUAAUGAUGUCUCAUAUACCAGUAGAUUACAGAGCCCAUCAAGAGAGAGUCCUGAGAUGAGUCAAUCCAGUGGUGCCCUACCAGGCCUACCUGAAGAUACGGAAAACAUCAGUCUAGAGGACCUUCCUGUAUCUGAAGAGACAUGUUUAGCACUGAAUAGAGCAUACCAGGAGGUCAUUGCAGAAAACAUGAAGCGUAUUGAGUUGGUUCUAACACAGAAUAGAGAACGACAGACACAAAUCGAAGAAGAGCAUCGUAAAGAUGCUAGUAAAAAAGAUGAACCUGCAGCUCCCAAAAAUAGAAUUUCUGUUUACACCUCUCCUUACUUCAAAGAUGUAAACCUGAUGAAUCCACCUCCCAACCAAGACACCAGGUUGAAGCAGUUAAAAGGCCAACUCGACCCCCAUAUGAAGUGUAGUACAAAAUGGAAGAACAGGGACAAGCAGAUUCUAGUUAAAGCUAUAAAGCAAGACAGACUACAAGCCUUGCUGUUGCCCUAUAUGACCAGAAUGGAGAUUGAGCAUGAGAAACUGAGCAAGGCUGCCAUGCCUGACCUAAAAGAGGAAAUCAGAGCUAGGAUUGAAGAUAUAAAGAAAGACAUGGCCAGAUUAAAGAAAAACCCUCCAGGAGAUUAUCUUGGAACAAGGGAAGAAUCUAAUAAAAUUGACUGGAUGAAAAUAUCAACAAUCAAUCUUGAUGGCUCUCAUAAUGCAAAAGAGUGUGAACUUAUGUGGAAACACAACCUCCACGUUGAUGUGAACAAAGAUCCUUGGAGUAAAGAAGAGGAAGAGAGGCUGACAUGUCUAGUACAGGAAUACAAUGGCAAGGAAUGGCCAACCAUAGCAAGUAAAUUGAAUACUAAUAGGACACCCUUUGAAUGCCUGAAGUAUUACCAGAGCAAUCUUAACCCAGAAUUGACAAACACAAAUGCUGAUUGGACAGAGGAUGAAGAGGAUUUGUUGGCUGCUGUUGUGGAUCAUUGUAGACUAGGAGAUCAUAUAUCUUAUAGGAGAGUUGCAUAUUACAUGGAGGGCAAGAACCAAAACCAAUGUAUUAGCAAGUGGAGAAAGAUGGACCCCAAUAAGAGACACGGUCAGUGGACGAAGGUUGAGGACCAGCAAUUGAUGGAGGCAGUGAAGACCUUUGGAGGCCGUGAUUGGUGGAAGAUCCAGCAACAUGUGCCAGGCAGAGACCAGGUGCAGUGUCAUGAAAGAUGGAACAGCAUGAUUGACCCUCUCAUACAUAAAGGACCCUGGACGCUUGAAGAGGAUGAGGCUUUGCUGAAUUUGGUGGAAAAGACUGGAAAGGGUAGCUGGUCGACUAUUGCAAAGAACAUGCCAACAAGGCGUAUUGACAAUGCUUGUCUCCUGCGUUAUAAGAGACUCAUGCUUUGGAAACAGCAGAAUGAGUGGCUAUUAGAACAGACUCCAGAGACUGUGAACUAUUUACUGUGGAACAGGAGAACUGCCAUACCUAGCACUAGGGCUCAGGAAGAUGAUUUAGAUGCACAAAUGGGUCAGGAUGAAGAACUGGCCAUUUUGAGGCAGGUUAAAUCAGAAAAGAACAAAGAGGACCUCCUUGAAGAACUCAUGGAAGCCCCCAAGAAACCAAAAUCUGAUGCACAAGCCAGGCUGGAUAAAGCUGUAGCCAAUAAAGCUAAGGUUGUACAGAAAAAGUGGACGGAACUUGAUAAAGAAAGGCUCCUUGUGCUUCAACAAGCUGAAUUAAUAAAACAAGGUCGCAUGGUACCACGUCCUCCCCGCACCACAGUGACCAGAUUGGCUGAUGUGGCAGGCAAACAGAAGACAGUUAUGUCGCAGAUAGAGAAAUCAGUUGUUGGCAAGCUUAAAAGUCAGGACAAACUGAGCAAGGCCAGGGCCAAAGCAGUCGGUGAGACACUCAGGUUGAAAUCAAAUAAAAAGAAUAAGAUGGGUGUUGAACUGAGUGCCCAACUACUGAAUGUGGACCACAACAUGUCAGUACGAGAUAUGUUGAAGCUAGCUCGGGAGGUGAGGAAAGAAGUCCUGGGACAAAGUAAACCUCCAAAAGUGAGAGGACGUCCUGUACUAGCUAAUGCCAUUAAUGUUAGACAAGUGGAACAUAACCUAAUGAAGAUGUUACGCAACAGAGUUACAAAGCAACUAAAGGCAGGCCGCCCGAGGAAACAUUUCUUGAAUGACCGCCCAUUGACAAAUGCAGGUGCCAAGGAGACCUACUCACUUACUGCAGAGAAUAAAGUAGCCAACCUGAUGUUUAAGGCACUUAGGGUAGAUACAAAAAGAUGCCUUUCUAUUGGUCCAGAACUGAAAGAUGUGGGCUUCCAUAACCUCAUGAUGAGAGAGACAGAAAAAGAACAAAUAAAACUAAAAGCGGAUAAAGAGCUAACAGAAGCCCUGAGAGAAGGACAGAAGCCUUGCGUUAGGAAUAAUAUACUCAAUAAACAUAAGUUGAAACGUGCAGCCAUGGAGAAGAAAGUCCGAGAGCAGAUGUGGGCACUAUCGAGCUUGGAGGAAGAUUUUGACACUGUGACACAAGUUGCAGCGAUGCAAGGAGUCAAGGAAAUUAAAGAUGAAUUAUUAGAUGAGUAUAAAAAUCAAGUUAUAGCUAAGAGCGCAGAUGAUGGUCCUAAGAGAAAGAAAGCAAUGCGAGCUGAAGAGUAUGUUGAGAUAGAUGAGACUGAUGAUACUAAGGAGCUGAAUUUGAUGUCACCACCUAUUACCAAACUCCCCCCUUUGCCUCCAAACAUUACUACCAUCAAUGCAUUUAAGAUGCUACUCCUGAAUAGGAAGAAGUUAGUCAAGAGAGCAGGUUCAUUAUAUGAACCUCCGAAAUUGGGCAAGAAAACAGCAGAUGAUGCCUCAAAGGACAGUAAUGAGAACACGGAAGAUGAAGAUUUGAGUCCACCCAGUGACACUGACCAGCCUGGUAGCAGUUCACAAGUGAAUGAACAUGCCCAAAGUGAAGACAUAUUUGUUAAAAUAGAACCAGGGGAGAAUGCACAAGUCCAGAAUCAAGCCCGAAAACCAAGAAACAAUGGCAUUUUGAAACGUGUGAAAAAGACCUCAGACUAUCAAGCCCUAAAAGCUAGAUUCUCCUCUCUGUUUCUAUGGCCAGCAUUAUUGUCAACAAUUGGGCCAAAGGAGGAGGAAAUACCAAAUUUCCCUAUAAAGAUUGAACCUGAGAAAUUAGGAAUAUUCCCCCAACCUCCCUUGAAGCAGGCCACACGCGUGUAUAAGGAACUAGCUGCUCCAAAUUCUACCAAGUAUAAGAAAAGAAAAUAUGCCUGCCUCGCCUCAAGUAGAAAGAAAAAAUUCAACCUGAAAUCCCGUUUAGAAAAGGCAAAAUUCAAAUUGGUGAGUUUACAAGGCCUUGCAACUCGUUACAAAGACCAUGAAGAAUGGAAAGAAUAUGGGGAAGCCAUCAAGCAAUAUCGCGAGGAACAUAAUAUUGUGCCAAAAAAUGUGCCAGCUGCCAAUAAACAGUCAAGAAAAGAAAAACUGAAAGCCUCCCUAGCUGGUGAUUCACCCCCAAGACGUAAGAGCGCACGAUUCAUUGCCAAACAAAUCAAAAAAGAAAUCUCAACCACUCCAUCUCCUGAAGAUAGCAUCCCUACACCUCUUGAACAAGCAGUGGAUGUUCCAAUGGAACAAUCAUAUGAUACCUCAAUGGCACAACCAGUGGUGGAACAAUCAGAAAAUGCACCAGCGGAUAUAUCAGAGGGUUUAAUAAAUGUUAAGAAUAAUCCCUACGAUGAUGUGAAUGCUCCACAUGAAUCUUGUAAUGGACUUUACGCCCAUGAGACUCACAAUGGGGACUCUGAAUAACGAAUGAGACUCACAAUAGUGCAACAUGGAAAAUAUUUCUAUAGGAAUAUAGAAUGCUUGGAAAGUAAGUCCGAUACUGGACUAUGUGUCUAUAGCCAAAUAGGACUGAACUUCAGUUUAGUUUGAUUGCUGGGAUCCAAUUUCCUUUAAAGGGUUAAAUAUGCUAUGAGUUAGUGACCUAUCUGCAUACGAGGUUGGAGAUUAUUCAAAGCGAAAAAUCAGGUCAUUUGAUUCUAAAGUUGCUGUAUGCAAAUCACCUGCUGUAUAUAAAUCUCCCCGGAGACAGUUGAUGUACAGUUGAUGCCUGUAAGGUAUAUUCAGCGAGUAGAUCAUUAUACUCAACACUGGAUACACCAGACAUUUAGUUACAAAGUAUUUUGACAAAAAAGCUUAGUAAGGGAGGAUUUCUGUGCUCGGUUCUAUCUCAAAAAUCUGGUAGUUCUGAAACUUUUUGUCAAAAUGCUUGAUUUACCAAUUUUAACCUACUUUGUAAAAGGUACCAUGACUAAGACAUGUAAUUGCAUAAAAUUAGACUAUAGAAAGGUACAAAGUGUCCGUUUGAAUGCUAUUCCACUUUAUUACAUCCAAAUUUUCAUUUUAUUUGUCACCACCAAAAAGUGGAGAGGUAUUAUUAUGGUCUCCAUUUUUUGUAAUGGCGGAUGGCAUUUGACGAUCGGCGUCUGUAACAAAUUCU